AACACCUGCGAUCCUACUCCAUCCAACCACUUCACUUACCAUUCCCACUCAGACAUAAUCAUGGACAAGCUCAAGAAGCUGUUCGGCAAGAAGGACGAGUCCUCGCACACGCCGCAGUCGAGCACGCCACAGUCGAGCACGACCAGCAGACCGGCGGCCACUGGCACGACUUCUGCCGCUCCUGCGCAGCCGGCUUCCACUGGCGGCGGCAACAAGCUUGCAGAAGGCGUGAUCCUACACACUACGCUCGGAGACAUCACCAUCGCGCUGUUCCCGGAGACGCCGCGGACAAACAAGAACUUCUCUGAGCUGGCAAGGACUGGCAAGUACGAUGGUGUCAUCUUCCACCGUAUCAUCCCGGGCUUCAUGAUCCAAGGCGGUGACCCAACUGGAUCUGGGAGAGGUGGCAGCAGCAUCUACGGCGCGAAGUUUGAAGAUGAGAUUGUGCCGAGUCUGAGGCAUGAGGACAAGGGUACGCUGAGCAUGGCGAACGCUGGGCCGAACACGAAUGGGAGCCAGUUCUUCAUCACUCUUGGCCCGACACCGCAUCUCAACGGCAAGCACACCGUCUUCGGCCAUGUGGUGCAAGGCAUGGACGUGGUGGACAAGCUUGGUGCAGUGAGGACAGACGCAAGCGAUCGCCCUCUGCAGGAGGUGAAGAUCAUGCGGUGCGAUGUCUUCUAAACGAACGAUGAUACCCGUUGUGCUAAACGUAAUGUGUGAUGAAUGACACAAACAGCGAGCUUUCUAUACCCUCCUUCAUGACAUAUUGUUUGGUCUGUGCGCGAUCUUGUCACAUGUGAGAGCAGUCAUGCGGACUCGGUAGCGAUUCUCACG